UGUAACUGAUUUGUAUUCUUCUGGGUUUUACUAGUAGUGUUUUAGUGUAAUAAGAAGCUGAAAUGGUGGACUUUUCUUCUCCAUAUGUGGGGAAUAGAAGGAAGCUUUGAAAUGUGACAUUGUUAGUUGGCUGCAUUUAUUCAUCUUUCUGAAUCUUGGUUGGUUUACAGAAGAAGAGUGUGAACCCUAGGAUUCCUCUAAGAAAAUCUUGAUGGCAUUCUUGGAUUUGUUUGUGGUGGCACUCAUGCCGGUUCUGAAAACACUUAUCAUUACGGCCAUUGGAUUGGUUCUUGCGUUUGAGCGUGUGGAUAUCUUGGGGGCAUCUUCAAGGCACCAUUUGAACAAUCUUGUGUUUUAUGUGUUCACUCCGGCGCUUGUGGCUAGCAGCCUCGGAGAGACAAUAACAGCAAGCAGCAUAGUUAAAUUAUGGUUCAUGCCUGUGAACAUCCUUUUAACAUUCGCCAUCGGAUCAGCUCUCGGUUGGAUCCUAGUCAAGAUCACAAGAGCCCCCAGAGAACUACAUGGUCUUGUAAUCAGCUGUUGUGCUGCAGGGAAUUUGGGGAAUCUGCUUCUCAUCAUAAUCCCAGCAGUGUGUGAAGAGAGAAACAGCCCGUUUGGAGAUCCCACGACGUGCUCUACCAAUGGAAAAGCCUAUGCAUCACUUUCAAUGGCAAUAGGGGCUGUUUAUAUAUGGACUUACAUAUAUAACAUAAUCCGGGCUUAUGGAACCCCGCGAAUGAAUUCUAGUACUGACAUAAUGGGUUCUGGCUUCUUAGAUAGCUGCAGAGAAGCUUUACUUUCAAGUCAUAGUUUGAAAUAUGAUCAAGAUGAAGAAGCUCAAAUAGUAUUUGAGGAAGAAGAGAAACCUUCUGAACUGAAGAGGCUUAGACAAAAUGUGAAAAUGUGGGCAGACAAGAUCAACCUAAAAAUGAUGUUUGCACCCUCCACCAUUGCAACAAUAGUUGGGAUUGUGAUCGGAGUAGUGUCGUUUCUACGAAAGCUGAUAAUUGUAGACAACGCUCCGCUUCAUGUUAUCGAUAGCUCUGCAGAUAUGUUGGGGGAUGCAGCCAUACCGGCUAUGACACUCAUAGUUGGAGCAAAUCUUCUUAGAGGGCUAAAGAAAUCAGCAAUUGGGGGAUGGGUUGUGAUAGGGGUUCAGGUGGUGAGGUUCGUUCUGCUACCUUUAUGUGGCAUUGGCGUCAUCACUUUGGCUCGACAUUUUGGGUGGGUGGGAUCGGAUUCUUUAUACCACUUCGUUCUCUUGUUGCAAUAUGCACUUCCUUCUGCCAUGGGUAUAGGUACAAUCACACAGUUGUUUGAGGUUGGGGAGAGUGAGUGUUCAGUGAUUAUGCUGUGGAACUACUCUGUGGCUUCACUUGCUCUUACUCUUUGGACCACAUAUUUCAUGUGGAUUUUGUCUUGACUUUCUUUGCCUUGUAAAAGUUAAGGAAUAUUGGGAGAAAGAGGAGAAGGA